AUUUCAACCCAAAUUUUCAUCCUUAAUCAAUUUCACACAAUGCCAAUACACCGUGUAGCCGUGGGCCUGUACCAAGAUGAAGUGCAUCAUCCCGAGGCCAUCAAGGCAUUUUUCGCGGAGUUCAUAAGCACACUCAUUUUCGUGUUCGCGGGCCAAGGGUCUGGAAUGGCUUACACAACACUUACUGAUGGUGGUGCUGCCACUCCGGCUGGUCUAGUGGCCGCGGCAUUAGCUCAUGGUUUUGGUUUGUUUGUGGCCGUGUCGGUUGGAGCUAAUAUUUCGGGUGGUCAUGUGAAUCCUGCUGUUACUUUUGGUGCGUUUGUUGGUGGUAAUAUAACUUUACUACGUGGGUUGUUCUAUAUUAUAGCACAGCUUCUUGGCUCAGUCGUGGCUUGCUUGCUACUAUCUUUCUCCACUGGUGGUUUGACUACCAUUGGCUUCGCGUUAGGUGCUGAAGUAUCGGUAUGGAAUGCAUUUGUGUUUGAGAUUGUGAUGACUUUUGGACUAGUUUACACAGUGUACGCCACGGCACUUGACCCAAAGAAGGAGGCUAUUGGCACAAUAGGCCCUAUUGCAAUUGGGUUCAUUGUUGGUGCCAACAUUCUAGCUGGUGGUGCAUUCACGGGUGCAUCAAUGAACCCAGCAGUUGCGUUUGGACCAGCCGUUGUAAGCUGGGACUGGGCCGAUCAUUGGGUCUAUUGGGCUGGACCCAUUGUUGGUGGUGGUCUUGCUGGGCUCAUUUAUGAGCUUCUAUUUGUUGGACGUUCUCACGAACCAUUGCCCACAUCUGAAUUUUAGCUCCAGCGCAUAUAUGGGUCGAGUUUCUUAUGUUCGCGUGAAAUGUAUGUGUUGUGCUAAUCCUGUAAUUCCCUUUUCAUGUUAAUUGUAAAUUUGUAAUUGUAAUGUUAAUGUAAAUGUAUUGUUAAUGUUGUAUGUCUGGUUUUCUACUUACCAAA